AUGGGCGCACUCCUCACGCUUCCCAUAUCUCUCCUAAACUUCCUCCUACCCUUCACAAAGCCUGGAACACCACUGGCACAAGACAUUGUCCACACUGCCGUCUUGUGCGGUACCCUAUACUACGCCCCUCAGAUCGCAGAAUGGUACAACGCACGGCAACAUCGCGACGCACCACCAGACGCCCCAGAUGAAGACACCAUACACCAACCCGGCGCCGACCCAGCCACAGCAAACCCACCUCCCCGCCAACGCCAACGCGAAGACCUCCCCCUAGACGAGCGCCUCGUCCUGCAGCCCUCCGACGACGAAGACGACGCACAACCUCCCCCCCUCGCCCCGACCCCGCCCUUCAACCAGCAAAACCACAACAUCCAAGAACCGCCACUCCCCCAACCGCACGACGCCGGCGAAGGCCCUGCAAAUCCAAAUCCAGACGCUCCCAGGAAUACUCCAGCGAACCGCACCGUCGGCGCGAAGAAAGCCAAAUCCCUCGCCCGCAAAGAUCAGCGCCGCGCUUACCACGAGUUCCACAGGCAGGAAGCGGAACUACGGAGAUUGAGAGAGCAAGAGGGCGCUGAGGAGCGGGAGGCGGAACUCGCGGCUGAGAAGGAGCGCAGGGCGAAGAUCGAGGCGGACAUUGCGGCGAAGGAGAAGGAGGAGCGGGCGAGGCGGAAGGAAGAGGAACGCAGGGAGCAAGAGGAGGAGAAUGAGCGCAGGGAGCGCGUAGUCGAUAGGGUGCGGAGGGAGGUUCGGCAGAGAGGGUGCGUGGACUUGCUUGAGCAGGGGAGGAAGGAGGGGAAGGAUCGGCUGUGGAUUACGAGGUUGGUCAAGGCGAGCGGAUUGCUGUCACAACUGUCUACGGAGGGGAGCAAGGUCAUGAUCACGGGCGAUGGGUGGUUGGUCAAGGUCGACCAGGAGAUUAUGGCACAAGCGUAUAGGGAUGCUGAGAUGUUUGGGGCAAAGCAUGGAGGCAGGGUCGGCUUUGAGGAGUUAGGCGGCUUCAUGGAGCGGGCUGUUAGGGCGAGGGCCAAAGCAUAG